GGAAGGUGAAGUUGGUCGAAGAUGGCGGUGCGGUUGUUGCAACAACAGCUGGGUUCUGUCAAGGGUCUUCCAUCAGUGUUGUGGUCUUGCAAAAAUAAGCAUUUACAGUAUCGGUUUUUCUGUUUGAAAGCUGUUUCUCAAGGAGAGUCCUUGGGACAGGAUAUUGUCUGUCGUCGCUGCGAACUUAAAAGGCUAUGUUAUGUUUCCAGCAGGUCCUCUUGUCACCAAAGCAGAGAUCCCAUUCUCAAGAGUUUCUUGUCUCGUCCACUAACACAUCAAUUCCAAGGAUUUAACAGAAUACAGACUUUAAAACAGUUGACACAAGACCCAACAAGAAUUUUCCAGAUUUUAGGUGGCAUGUACCACUUCAGCACUUCAAAAUCAUCACAAGAUCAAAAACAGAAUGAGAAAUCCAAAGGGAGAAGCUCUGAAGAAGAUGAAGCAGAAGAGAAAAGGAGACGAGAGAGGGAGGAUCAAAUGUACAGGGAACGACUGAGGACAUUAUUUAUAAUAGCUGUUAUUAUGAGCUUGUUGAAUUCCAUCAACAGCAGUGGAGGAAAUAUCUCAUGGAAUGAUUUUGUUCAGGAGAUGUUGGCAAAGGGAGAAGUGGCCAAGGUCCAGGUUGUUCCAGAGAGUGAUAUUGUAGAAAUCUACCUUCACCCAGGAGCUGUCGUAUUUGGUAGACCGCGGUUAGCUUUGAUGUAUCGAAUGCAAGUAGCAAAUAUCGAUAAGUUUGAAGAGAAGUUGCGGGCUGUUGAAAAUGAGCUUGGGAUUGAUGGAAAGGACAGGAUCCCGGUAUCAUACAAGCGUACAGGUUUCUUUGGAAAUGCACUGUAUGCCCUAGGGAUGGCUGCAGUGGGAGUAGCCAUUCUGUGGUACAUAUUUCGGCUUGCAGGAAUGGCUGGAAGAGAAGGUGGAUUUAGUGCAUUUAAUCAGCUGAAAAUGGCUCGUUUCACUAUCGUGGAUGCAAAGUCUGGAAAAGGAGUUGCUUUUAAGGAUGUGGCAGGAAUGCAUGAGGCCAAACUGGAAGUUAACGAAUUUGUUGAUUACCUGAAGAGUCCGGAUCGUUACCUACAACUUGGUGCCAAAGUUCCAAAGGGAGCUUUAUUGCUCGGACCACCAGGAUGUGGCAAAACACUUCUGGCAAAAGCUGUUGCAUCUGAAGCUCAGGUUCCUUUCUUAGCUAUGGCUGGAUCAGAGUUUGUGGAAGUGAUUGGAGGCCUCGGUGCCGCAAGAGUACGAAGUUUGUUUAAGGAAGCCCGUACUCGUGCCCCAUGCAUUGUGUACAUUGAUGAAAUUGAUGCAGUGGGUAAAAGGCGAUCAACUAACAUGUCUGGUUUUGCUAAUACUGAGGAAGAACAAACACUGAAUCAACUGUUGGUCGAAAUGGAUGGAAUCGGCACAACAGAUCACGUAAUAGUUUUGGCAUCAACCAACCGUGCUGACAUUUUGGACAAUGCCUUAAUGCGACCUGGUCGUUUGGACAGGCACAUAUUUAUUGACUUCCCCACAUUGCAGGAGAGGAAGGAGAUUUUUGAACAACAUUUAAAAAGUCUGAAGUUAUCACAACCAGCCAGGUUUUAUUCGCAACGAUUGGCUGAGCUUACUCCAGGGUUCAGUGGAGCUGACAUAGCUAACAUUUGCAAUGAAGCAGCGUUACAUGCAGCUAGGGAAGGGGAGAAAUCUGUUGACACCUUCAGCUUUGAAUAUGCAGUCGAGAAAGUCAUAGCAGGCACUGCCAAGAAGAGUAAAAUACUCUCCAAAGAAGAACAGAGAAUAGUAGCUGUCCAUGAGUCUGGACACGUCCUCGUUGGCUGGCUUCUUGAGCAUACAGAAGCUGUUUUGAAGGUUUCUAUAGCCCCACGAACAAAUGCUGCACUUGGAUUUGCACAAAUUCUGCCUCAGGAGCAGUACCUUUUUACCAAAGAGCAGCUUUUUGAACGCAUGUGUAUGGCCUUAGGAGGACGUGUUGCAGAAGCUAUUACCUUUAAUAAAGUCACAACAGGUGCCCAGGAUGAUCUACAAAAGGUUACAAAAGUUGCUUAUUCCAUGGCAAAAUGUUAUGGGAUGGUUGAAGCAAUUGGUCAUGUAUCAUUUCCUGAUACAGAGGAGCAAGGUGUAAUUGGUCGACGACCCUUCAGCCAGGGACUUCAGAAGCACAUGGACCACGAAGUCAAGUUGCUGGUGGCUCGUGCUUACAGACACACAGAGAAAUUGAUAAUGGAUAACAGGGACAAACUUAAUACACUUGCAAAUGCACUUGUGGAGAGAGAAGUUCUAAAUUAUGAUGACAUUGAGUCACUUAUUGGGCCACCACUCCUUGGCCCAAAGAAGAGAAUACCACCCCAGAGCUGGAUUGAAGCUGAGAAGGAUAAGCAAGAUACUAGAGAGAAUGAGCCUCCAGCAAGACCUCUUCAGGACAGCGACCAAAAUCUACAUCCUGUUUAAAAUGGCUGUUUGGAAAAGCUGAGGUGAUUGUUGCAGUUUUGCAAAAGGAUGGAUGAACCAUUAUGAACAAUGGUAGGGAUGUGAUUAGAGGAACCAAAGGGGUGAAAUUACUAUUUGAUUAUGUACUAUUGGGCAUCUCAAGUGAACUGAGCAUGAAAGCCUUUGUUGACAAUCCAGUGCAGUACAGGAAAUUAGAAAUGCCAUCUUUCAGAAGAUGAAAUAAACUAAUUGAUUUCUUGAAUGAACAUCAAAGAUCUCAAUUCACGAGUUUAAUGGGGAUAAGGAAAAUUAUCGCUGUUUAUGGGCCUUUAUUCUACAAAAGCAGAUUAUCUGGUCAUCACAGUGCUUUUGGAGGAGCUAGCUGUGUGCAAGUAUUAGCUUCAUGAUUUCCUGUGUUCUAGGAUAACCAGAACCUUGAAAGGUGAGCAGUAAAUCCAAAAUCCUUUUUAUAGAGAUCUAAACAAAUAGAACCAAAAUAGGAAAAUUUUUAAAAAUUAUUUUGGAAAUCUGAAAUAAGAACAGAAAAUGCUGGAAAUUCUCAUUGGUCAGGCAGCAUCUUUGGCAAGAGUUACAGUUAAUUGUUUUAGAUUGAAGACCCUUCAUCUAUUCUGGUUUUAUAUUAGAACGAAAAUAUGGUUAUGUGCAAAAGUAGAUAGACACUAUAUGAUUAACUGUCACAGAGACUUAAGUUAUUUCCUCUUCUGUCCUGUUUCUAUUGUUUGAUCAACAUGAAAUGUGAUUGAUUGUAGUUUACAUUUCACUGUUACUGCAUUGAUUUCCCCAUAAGGGAUUUUUUGCCCUUUGGGUUCAGCGUAGUUGUGAUUUUUCAUUAUUAAUUAUUUAGAGAUCACUGCCUUUCAUUGGAAGGCCGGUUAAAAUAGAUAUAGAUAUAUCUUCAGUAAUUUUCCGUUAAUAUUUCUUCUCUUUCCUUCAGGAAAAGGCUUUCCAUUUUUUUUUGCACUAGGACAUGGAUUUACAUUUUAUUUACUCCACCAGUAAAUGGAUGAUGAAUAAAAUUGCCUUUGAAAGUAAUCUGUUCUGGUUCUAACAAAAAUGUUUGGUCUGUGAUGUGUAAAUUAUGUUCAAAUGGCUAUUGUGAAUAUUUGUACAGCAAGAUAAUCGAUUUAAUAUCUUCCAUGUAAAAUGAGCUAUUGUACAUGUGCUUCUAAUCUCAAUGAAAAUUGUUAACUGAUCUAAGACUUUCCCAAGUUUUUACUAAAACAGUUUAGAACAUAUAGUUGAUAUAGAUAAUUUUAAUGACCUAAUUAAGGUAAUUUACGAUGCUUUGAAUUUCUGCAUAAAUAAAAUCUUUGUAU